AGCACCGUCCGAUGCGAAAUCCACGGUUGAGCCACCGCCUUCGGUGGCUUGGGCCUCCGCACCUCCGUGCGGUUACGUUACCCGGGAAUGACAGGCUGUCCCCAGCCGUCCGUGUCGCUACUCGCCCCGCACCUUUUCUUCCUCUCGUUUCCUUUCUCUCGGACCACCCUACCAUUUCCCUCUGCCUUUCUUCCUUCCGUCUCUCUCCGCUUCUUCCUUUUAGGGUACCGGGUCUGUGAUCUUGCGCCGCUCUCCUCGGUCCCAAGUUCGCCGCUCCGAGAGGUCUCUUUCGGGACCCGGAUCUCCGAAUUCGGUCCUCUACAACCCGGGAAUCAUCGAGGUUGAGGAUUUUGUUCGAAGAGAAUAUAAUCUCUUGGAUUGAAUCCAAUGCUCGUCUUUGCUGCUUUUGGGGAUUAUUGUAGGGGUUCUUGAGGAAAAUCUCUUUGCUUCACUGGAAUCUAUCAACAGAACUCUUGAAGUGGCUAUCUUUGUCAUACUUGUGGGACAUCAGGGAUUCGAUGCUGGCAGAUAGCAUGCUUGGAAUCUGUCUUUCAGGUGAUGCCCCUGACGUCUCUUGCCACCGAGGCAUUCGGUGUAUCGACCAUUUCCCUUGUGUUCCUGACUGCUGCUCUUGGUAUCCUAUGCAUCUUCCACUCUCUGUACUUCCAGUUCUGUAUCAGGAGUAGACAUUAUCCUCAUCUGAGCUACUUCAAUGGGCCUUGGAUUAGCCGUAUCAUUCUAAUUCUAAUCUCUAUUUGGUGGGGCUUUGGAGAGAUUGUUAGGCUGAGUUUCGUGAGAUCGAGACUCUUUUCUGACCAAGCAUGGCACAAAAGUGUCUGCAAGUUCUACAUCCUCUCAAAUUUAGGAUUUGCAGAACCAAGCAUGUUUCUUAUGCUAUCCUUCCUUCUUCAUGCCGCACUGCAGAAAAGGGAUUCUGGCACUCUGAGCCCAUGGUGGAACAGAAAGACACUCGGUCGCAUGCUCCUGUUCUGUUUUCCAAUUCUUCUUAUGCAAAUUGCCGUCAUUCUGAUAGGACCCAGGUUUAUCAAUGAAGAGAAUAGUGACAAGAGAACAAGGAUUGCAAAGCUCUUCAGAUGCAUAUCUUCCUUAACAAAUGGUAACAGUGUAUGCGUGUAUCCCCUGCCAAGCACUAUAAUUCUUGGGGGCUUCUAUGCCAUCUUGAUCAGUUAUAUUGCAUACGUUGGUAUGCGGUUAUUCUCUUCGGUUAUCAACAAAGGUCUGCAGCGAAGGAUUUAUGUGCUCACAACAUCUAUCCUCUUCCUUCCAUUGAGGGCUGUUCUCCUGGGAAUCUCUGUGCUUCCUCCACCAGGCAACCUGCUGUAUGAGGCAAUUGUGUUUUUAGCUUUCCUUAUGUUGUUAUUUUGCACCGUGGUUGGUAUCUGCAUGCUAGUAUUUUUCCCUGUAGCUGAUUCCUUGGCCCUGAGAGAUAAUGGUCAUUCUGAAAUUGAAGGGAUGCCCUAUGAUGACUACUAUUAUGAUGGUGCUUCUCUCAUUGCUAGCCAGAACCAUCAAGAGGAAAGUAGGAACUCCCCGGAAUCUGCAAAGCAUGACUCCAUGUCCUUUUGCAGUAUGAACUUGGAUGGAUCAGCAACAGAAGACAUUAACAAGCCCAUAUUCUCACGUGAUCCUAUCAGUUCUUCAUUGUCUGAGCCUCGACCGCCCCCCCGGUACGCCCAUGAUACCCCCUGAAGAGUUUGUUGCCCCAUGAUAAAAACCGGGAAGUUCUUGUUCCUUUGGCCCGUUUCUCUUUUGAUGGUUGUACAUUUUUGGGUAAAGAAAGAUUGUAAUAUAAGGUAUUAUGAAGCUGUAGUUAUUUGAACAUGGUUUGUUUCUUUCUCAUAUGGGUAUAUUGCGUUUUUCCAUUUUCCUUACCUACUGGUCUAUUUAGAUACUGUAAAGUUGUUAUAAAGAAUUAGUCAGUUGAAUAUUGUAUCAAUCUUCAAGACAAUACUUCAAAUUCUGUGAACCAGCUCAGUACAGCUUUAGUUGA